AUGACACACCUGAAAUCGACAUGGUCCAGCUUUUUUUCACGCUUCCAACAUGACAACAACAACUUACCUGCCAACGGUGACCGUCGUCGUCCAUCACAUACUAGCAGCUGUAGCUCGCUUUCAAUGUGGAGUGAUACCGGAUCCACAUUUUCGGAAAAGAAAAAAUCAAGCCGAGGUUUAUCAAUCCCCUCUCUUUUGCUUCGUCGACGAGGAUCAGGUGCAUCGACGUCAACAUCAUGCUCGUCACUCGUAUUGGAUCAACAACAGCAUGACAUGGAAAAAGAAACAAGACGGCUACAGAGCCUUUAUGAGUUAGCCUUAGAUGAAAUCAAGUAUGCCGAAGACUCACGUGGAUCACCUUAUUAUCCUGGUGAUCGAGUUACUGCUCGAGAGGCCAUUGAUGGAUGUGCAACGGCUGUCAUGGAACUACAGCAACAAAAUCCAACAUUGCAACCACUCAUUCAUUCUACCAUGGCACCUCGUCUCAUUGAACUUGAAACAAAAUACCAUGCACUACCCAAACCAGUCGAUGAGGCAUAA